AUGAAUACAUCACUCCAUACACCAAAGAAGAAUAGUCAGUUCUCUGUUGGCUCUCCUCCUCAACCAAAUUCUAUUCAACAAUCAUCAAUUGCCUCUGUCGGAUCACCUUCAACUUCUGCUUCUCUAUUGACUGGCAUUGAUUUUAAGGCUAUUGAGGAUAUGGAUCCAUCGUUAGCAGAAGGACAUAGAACAAUCUUUGAUAAGGAAAUACCAAUUGAAUUACGUACUCAAGAUCAAAAUGAGUCUGACAAUGAUCUAGGAACCCUUGAAGCUAUCAGAGUUAAAAUCCUCAUCUUGGAAGGAGAACACGAAGACGAGGCUCAUGUAAAGUUGGAACUUACUUCCGAGUCUGAUCUUUUCUUCCAUUAUUCUCACACUGUUGGAAGACAACAAUUUAUUGGCCUGCAACAAUCCCAAAAGUUGAUGGUUGAUUUCCCAAAUUAUCCAAAAAUGUUGAGCAAGAUGUUGAAUGCUUGUGUCAAGGAACCAGAAAGUUUCUUAUGUAUCUUGAUUAUGGAAAGAGAUGGAAAAGGAUUGCUUAAUUUUGUUCAAAAUAUGGAAUACAAGGUAAGUGUUUGA